GAGCAGGAAGCGAGCUCUGCCUGGUCCGUGCCGCCGCCCGUCCCUGUGCGCGUCCGCCUCGUCGCCCUCUGCGCGCACGCUCGUCACCUCCUGCCCCGCCCUCCAGUCUCACCGGCGACAGGUAGCCCUCCGCCGCACACCUGCCUUCGUGGUCCGCCCGGAGAUAGUGGAUAACUCCCUUCAAAAAUGGAGGAUGGAAAGCCCGUUUGGGCUCCACACCCUACAGAUGGAUUUCAGAUGGGCAAUAUUGUGGAUAUUGGCCCUGAUAGCUUAACAAUUGAACCCUUGAACCAAAAAGGCAAGACAUUUUUGGCUCUCAUAAACCAAGUGUUCCCUGCAGAAGAGGACAAUAAAAAAGAUGUGGAAGAUAACUGUUCACUAAUGUAUUUAAAUGAAGCCACGCUCCUCCAUAAUAUCAAAGUUCGAUACAGUAAAGACAGAAUUUAUACAUAUGUCGCCAACAUUCUGAUUGCAGUGAACCCAUACUUUGACAUACCUAAAAUAUAUUCUUCAGAAACAAUCAAGUCGUAUCAAGGAAAAUCUCUUGGGACGAUGCCACCUCAUGUCUUUGCAAUUGCUGAUAAGGCUUUUCGAGACAUGAAGGUGCUCAAGAUGAGUCAGUCUAUCAUUGUAUCUGGAGAGUCAGGAGCUGGCAAAACGGAAAAUACAAAAUUUGUUCUAAGGUAUCUGACUGAAUCCUAUGGAACAGGUCAAGAUAUUGAUGACAGAAUUGUUGAAGCUAACCCACUCUUAGAAGCCUUUGGAAAUGCAAAGACUGUUCGCAACAAUAAUAGCAGUCGAUUUGGAAAAUUUGUAGAAAUACAUUUCAAUGAGAAGAGUUCAGUUGUUGGAGGAUUUGUUUCACAUUAUCUUCUAGAGAAAUCUAGGAUCUGUGUUCAAGGCAAAGAGGAAAGGAAUUAUCAUAUCUUUUAUAGGUUGUGUGCUGGUGCUUCUGAAGAUAUUAGGGGAAAACUUCAUUUGAGCUCCCCAGAUAAUUUUCGGUAUUUAAACCGAGGCUGCACUAGAUACUUUGCUAACAAAGAAACUGACAAACAGAUUUUACAGAACCGAAAAAGUCCUGAGUAUCUUAAGGCAGGUUCCUUGAAAGACCCUCUGUUAGAUGACCAUGGAGACUUUAUUAGAAUGUGCACGGCCAUGAAGAAGAUUGGUCUGGAUGAUGAAGAAAAGCUGGAUCUGUUCCGGGUGGUAGCUGGUGUCCUGCACCUUGGAAAUAUUGAUUUUGAGGAAGCCGGCAGCACUUCAGGUGGUUGUAAUCUGAAGAAUAAAUCUACUCAGUCAUUGGAAUGUUGUGCUGAAUUACUGGGUUUGGAUCAAGAUGAUCUUCGUGUAAGUCUAACUACAAGAGUCAUGCUAACAACAGCAGGGGGCACCAAAGGGACAGUUAUAAAAGUACCCCUGAAAGUGGAGCAGGCAAACAACGCUCGAGAUGCCUUGGCAAAGACUGUCUACAGCCAUCUUUUUGAUCAUGUGGUAAACAGAGUAAAUGAGUGUUUUCCUUUUGAAACAUCAUCCUAUUUUAUUGGAGUCCUAGAUAUUGCUGGUUUUGAGUACUUUGAACAUAACAGUUUUGAACAGUUUUGCAUCAACUAUUGCAAUGAAAAACUUCAACAAUUUUUUAAUGAAAGGAUUCUGAAGGAGGAACAAGAACUCUAUCAAAAAGAAGGUUUAGGUGUUAAUGAAGUACCUUAUGUGGAUAAUCAGGACUGUAUAGAUUUAAUUGAAGCAAAAUUAGUGGGAAUACUGGAUAUUCUGGAUGAAGAAAAUCGCCUUCCUCAGCCGAGUGAUCAGCACUUCACAUCUGCAGUUCACCAGAAGCACAAAGACCACUUCCGCCUCACUAUUCCUAGAAAAUCUAAGCUGGCUGUUCAUAGGAACAUCAGAGAUGAUGAAGGCUUCAUUAUUAGGCAUUUUGCAGGGGCAGUGUGCUAUGAAACAACCCAGUUUGUGGAGAAAAAUAAUGAUGCUUUACAUAUGUCUCUUGAAUCCUUAAUAUGUGAAUCCAGGGAUAAGUUUGUGCGGGAAUUAUUUGAAUCAUCCACAAAUAACAACAAAGAUACUAAACAAAAAGCAGGAAAACUUAGCUUCAUCAGUGUGGGGAACAAGUUUAAGACACAGUUAAAUUUGCUUCUGGAUAAACUUCGAAGUACUGGAGCAAGCUUUAUUCGUUGUAUCAAACCUAAUUUAAAGAUGACAAGCCACAACUUUGAAGGUGCUCAAAUUUUGUCUCAACUUCAAUGUUCAGGCAUGGUGUCUGUCUUGGACCUGAUGCAGGGUGGUUUUCCGUCACGAGCUUCCUUUCAUGAACUCUAUAACAUGUAUAAGAAGUAUAUGCCAGACAAACUUGCAAGAUUAGAUCCAAGGCUAUUUUGUAAGGCUCUUUUUAAAGCCUUGGGCUUAAAUGAAAUUGACUACAAGUUUGGGUUAACAAAAGUAUUUUUUAGACCUGGCAAGUUUGCAGAAUUUGAUCAGAUUAUGAAGUCUGACCCUGACCAUUUAGCAGAGUUGGUUAAAAGAGUCAAUCACUGGCUUGUCUGCAGUCGAUGGAAGAAAGUUCAGUGGUGCUCACUCUCAGUCAUCAAAUUGAAAAACAAAAUAAAAUAUCGAGCUGCAGCCUGCAUUAAAAUCCAAAAAACUAUUCGAAUGUGGCUUUGCAAAAGGAGACACAAACCUCGCAUUGAUGGCCUGGUUAAGGUGGGCACACUGAAAAAACGACUUGAUAAAUUUAACGAAGUAGUAAGUGCACUGAAAGAUGGAAAACCAGAAAUGAAUAAACAGAUCAAGGACCUUGAAAUUUCUAUUGAUGCUUUAAUGGCCAAAAUUAAGUCCACUAUGAUGACAAGGGAACAAAUACAGAAAGAAUAUGAUGCACUGGUUAAAAGCUCAGAGGAACUCCUCAGUGCAUUACAGAAAAAAAAACAGCAAGAAGAAGAAGCAGAAAGGCUGAGGCGUAUUCAAGAAGAAAUGGAAAAAGAAAGGAAAAGACGUGAAGAAGAUGAACGACGUCGAAGAAAGGAAGAGGAGGAAAGGCGGAUGAAACUUGAGAUGGAAGCCAAGAGAAAACAAGAAGAAGAAGAGCGAAAGAAAAGGGAAGAUGAUGAAAAACGGAUUCAUGCUGAAGUGGAGGCGCAGCUGGCCCGACAGCGCGAGGAGGAGUCCCAGCAGCAGGCGGUCCUGGAGCAGGAGCGCCGCGACCGGGAGCUGGCCCUGCGGAUCGCCCGGAGUGAAGCGGAGCUCAUCAGCGACGAGGCCCAGGCUGACCUUGCGCUCCGGAGGGAACAAAUGGCGAAAGAAAUUUCAGAAUUUUUGAGUAGAGGUCCUGCUGUACAAGCCACCAAGGCAGCUGCUGGUACCAAGAAGCAUGAUCUUAGUAAAUGGAAAUAUGCAGAACUGCGUGACACCAUCAAUACGUCUUGCGAUAUUGAGCUCCUGGCAGCUUGCAGAGAAGAAUUUCAUCGGCGACUUAAAGUGUAUCAUGCUUGGAAAUCCAAGAACAAGAAGAGAAAUACUGAAACAGAGCAGCGUGCCCCAAAGUCUGUUACUGAUUAUGAUUUUGCACCAUUUUUGAACAAUUCACCUCAGCAGAACCCAGCAGCGCAGCUUCCUGCCAGGCAGCAGGAGAUCGAAAUGAACCGGCAGCAGCGCUUCUUCCGCAUCCCGUUCAUCCGCCCUGCUGACCAGUACAAAGACCCACAGAAUAAGAAAAAAGGCUGGUGGUAUGCCCAUUUCGAUGGACCGUGGAUUGCCCGGCAAAUGGAACUCCAUCCUGACAAGCCACCCAUCCUUCUUGUGGCUGGUAAGGAUGACAUGGAAAUGUGUGAGCUGAAUCUUGAAGAGACAGGCCUGACUCGAAAGCGUGGUGCUGAGAUUUUGCCAAGACAGUUUGAAGAAAUUUGGGAACGCUGUGGAGGCAUCCAGUACCUUCAGAAUGCAAUGGAGAGCAGACAGGCUCGGCCCACGUCUGCAACGGCCAUGCUUCAGAGUCUGCUGAAGUAGCUAUCCACACUGACCGUGCAGCCAGGAGCCCCGCCGUGACGCUGGGGCGGGUGUGCCCCAGAGACGUGACCGCUCCACGGUCAUCUUAGAGUUACCUUUGCAAAGGAGCAGAUUGUAUUCAUCAAUGGCUUUUUGUUAAUGUAAGGUUAAUUAUGGUAGUGAAUUUGGGAUCUAAAAUUAUUUUCCUGUAUCCAGCUGUAACUGGUAAACCUCUUACUACUCUAAUACGUGUUCCACUUGGACAGAUUCUGAUAUUUCUCAUCCUUUGCCAACAGACUACCUUAAAUCCAUCAUAAUUGUUUAAAAAUUCAAAAUACUUGCUACUUAAGAUGACACAGUACCAUAUAAUUGGAAUAAUGAAACCUUAGCUAAAAUUUUCUUAAAACAAUUAAGGCACUUAAAAUGAUCGAGGUACUGAUGUUUUGAUCUGAAAAGCUGUGUACUUUUUUUACUCACUUUUCCAGAAAUUCAUGGAAAUUCCCUCAAAGGUGGAAAUUUUUAUCCCCCCCUCAGCUUUGCAGCGUGUCUUAGUUUGAGUAAAGGAGUUUGCCUGAAAUUCUAGAAUUCUAGAAAGAGUCUUAAUGUAUGUGAUGUACUCCAUGAUAAGGAAGGGACCCACAGUAUUCUGCACGGAUUCGUUUUUCUUUUCUAUCACAUUGUGUUGCUAAAAGACUGUUUUUCUUAUAUUUCAUGGACAAAUAAAGGAAAUUCAGACCAUUUAAAUGCAUAAAUGUUUUCAGAUAAUGUUUGUUUCAUUUAGAAAAGGAAAUAGGUUUUAGGUGGCUCUGUGGCUUAACUGGACUGAAUUCAAACAUUCUUUCAGCUUCAUCUCAAUUGCAAUUUUUGUAUCAGAAUCUUGUCUAAGUUGUUUCAUAUGAUUUAAGCUAGUGUUCUGCUUCAAAACAUCUUUGUUUUUAAAAAAUUCCGAGUGUCCUUUUUGGCCUUUGAGAUUUCGGUAAUUGUAGAACUGUUUUAUCAGCUUUGUAAUUUAAAAGCCCUUGUACUUAGUAAUUACUUGUUUCAUGUAACUGAUGAUUUAAAAAAAAUAGUUUUCUUUGUGUGCUGUUGGUUUUGACCCAGUGUCAGCAGUUUCAAGCGUAAUGUCUGUGACUUCUGUAUUAGGGAUUUGGAGACGAGAAUACAUCAAGGAGUUAUGUUGACAUAAUCCUAAGGAGUCUUGUUUGUAUUUUAGAAUAAAAUUAGAAAAUAAAAUUAUUCUCUGUACUUUUUUUUCCUGAUUUUUAAAGACCCUAACCUUUGAAAUAAAUUUCCAGUGAUUUUUUUUCUAGAAAGAGUACCUCAGGAAAAUAUUUCCCAGCUGAUUAGAUUAGUGUUUGUGAGCCACAGAUACUGUUUUCAGAAUUGCCUCUCUCAUAAUAUGUGUCUUAGUACAGAAAUAUUUAUUAUGAUACUGUGCGAAUGAUUGUCUUCUGUUAAAUUAAAUGGGUCCUGUCUAUGCUAUUGAGAAUGCGAACAUGAUUGCCUUUUGAAGGCUGUGUUACUGCAUAGACUCCCCCACCCUUGGGUCAUUUGGUCCCUGUGAUUGUUGACCGAAGGUCUGGUUACUGAAAUAAAUGACUGUUCUCUCUCUCUUCUCA